AUGCCGUCCGCGUACGGUAGAGUCGUCUCCAGGAAGCCGGGGGACGUCCUGGGUGGCUCUAGGCUUGGCUACAGUGGACUCUCGUCUUAUUACGGCGAUAUAGCAGACAGACGAUACUACCUUCCAGUCGCCAGCGGCGGCGCUUUUGGGUACAUGGGAUACGGUGGCCCAAGGCGCUCCGUCUCCGCAGGGUGCGGCGUCUCGUACAGUUCCGAAAGAGGCGGAGGAUAUCGUGGUUGGGUCGACCCAUCGUAUGGCCGAUACGGAGGAGGAGGGCUAAGAGGCAGCUGGGGCCGACGACGAGGCUUCGUCGACGGUUUCGGCGGCAGCAGCUACUCGUCUUUCGGGUCCGGCUGCGGGUCUGGGCGGCGUUCGUCUCGCUACGGUAGCAGGCGCGUGCGUAUGCCUGUCUACGGGCGAACUCGCUCGCGGCUUCUCUACUCGUCUCCGUAUCGUCGCUACAGCGACGACGCUUGCGAUGACUACUUUGACGACCGCUACGGCUUGUUCUGCCAGUGGCGGGGGUACCCUUUCACUUCAUCAUUUUACGGUACGGGCUCGGGAAGAGAUUCGAGGCUGUUGCGUGGGAGAAGGUUUGUAGUCGACGAUGAGUGGGAAGAUGACGACGGGUGGGAAGACUGGUACGACGACGAUGUUGACGACGAUUUGGACAGUUUGUGUUAUUUGGAUUGGGACAAUGGCCCCAGUUUCUCAGGGUUCGACGAUCGCGUUGAUGGCUACGAAGAUGGUGGUAGCACCCACUACAAGCACGAUUGA